CGGGGAGGGGCGGGACUUCCUGCGCGGGUCGCGCGUUGGCUCGGCUGGUGCUCGGUGGUCCCGGCUCCCUGGCGGCGGCGGCGGCGGCGGCGGCGUCUCCGUGCCGGAGGCGCACGGACCAUGACGUCAGCGUCCACCAAGGUCGGAGAGAUCUUCUCCGCGGCGGGGGCCGCCUUCACGAAGCUCGGGGAGCUGACGAUGCAGCUGCAUCCCGUGGCCGACUCGUCCCCCGCGGGUGCCAAGUGGACGGAGACGGAGAUAGAGAUGCUGAGGGCUGCUGUGAAGCGGUUUGGGGACGAUCUUAAUCACAUCAGCUGUGUCAUCAAGGAACGGACAGUGGCGCAGAUAAAGGCCACCGUGAAGCGCAAAGUGUAUGAAGACUCUGGCAUCCCCCUUCCGUCCGAGUCACCCAAGAAAGGGCUGAAGAAGAUGGCGUCCAGUGUCUCGUCGCCUCCUCCAGCUGCCCCUCCACCCAGCAGCUCCAGUGUCCCCGAGGCCGGGGGGCCCCCCGUAAAGAAGCAGAAGGCUGAUGUGACACUCAGUGCUCUGAACGACUCCGACGCCAACAGUGACCUGGUGGAUAUUGAAGGGCUAGGAGAAACUCCUCCAUGCAAGAAACUCAACUUCGACCAGGACAGCCUGACCCUGGAUUCUGGCCUUCUCGUGACCUCUGCCGGUCCUCCUCUGCUGUCUCGCUGAGCCUUCCACCUCUGACCCCUCUCACUGUUUCCCCUGGACCUGUGGAUCGCCUGGGACUCCGAAGCAAGGCCUGCCCAGCGGGGGUCAAAGACUGCUGGGGCCGCCCCUUGUUCCUGUACAGGCACCUGCCCCACCCCCUCUGAUGUGCAUCGGAUGGACGUUUUUAUACAGAACACAAUAAAGAGACUUCGCUCUCA